AUGGAUGCAACUUAUGGUAACGUGGCAUCUACAGAGAGGCUGAAAGAGCAAUUCUACUCUGCAAGUAAAUGGGAGGGUGAAUCAAUUGUUGACUAUAGUCUUCGAUUGGAGUAUCUUCUUGUUGAUUCCCAAAUCACGCUUGAUAGAAAGACACGUGAUGACAUGUUGAGGAACAGAUUGUGGUCUGGAUUAAGGAACCAGGAUUUGAAGAACGCCACUAGGUACAAGUUUGAGGCGGAACUUGAUUAUACAAGGUUUAGGCGAGAGUUGCGACUUGUUGAAGAGGAGAUGAAGUUGGCUCAACAAGGAGUGAAAUCAUCAGGUAUCUCUUCCAGGGAUAAAUAUUCUACUUCUUCUUUUCCUUCUAAUUCUUCCGACAGGUCCAAAGAGCAAGAUGUCAGACAGUGUAGCACCUCUGUGGAAUCCAAAAUUUUACAGGAGUUACAGGAUGUUACUGCUCAGUUGAAGACAUUGAACAGCAGAGUCACUCGCAUUGAAAGAGACCUUGAUGAUGUCAAGAAGAAUAGGUAUAGGUCAGAUGGGAACCGAUGGCGAGGUAGAGGUACUGACAUCCGAAGUCAAGAGACAGAGCCGCAACCACCAUCAAGUUCUAACUCUGCUACCCCAUCCAAGACAGAUAAGCCUUUAAACCAGCAGGCUCCUCCACCAAAGGGCCACCACUACAAGAGAUGUUUUACCACACCAGAAUCAGUUCCAUCUCCAUGGGAUGAAGUCUUUUCUUCUAUUCCGGAUAACACUGCAGUUCAGGUGAAGGUUUUUACCACCAGACCUAUGUAUAUACAGCCUUUUCAGGUUUUUACUGUUCCAGGUAUUGUUCGUGGAAGUCAUUUCAUUAGACAGGGUGUUACAGAGGAUGAUGAGAACUUGCACUCUUUCAAUGUUUGCCCUCGCCUUGUUGAAGUUGACCCUAGCCGUUCCUUCUCAGUUUUGGUUCGUAUUUGUAACAUGAGUGUCGGAACUGUUCGUAUCAUGCCUAAAAGUUCAAUCUGCCUUCUUCAAGAUGUGAACGUUGUUCGAUCAGUUGACCCCUUGGAAGCCACAUCGUCUAAUAUUGGUGCCAAAGAUAUGUCUUUGGAAGAUUUAGGAGUAGACUUAUCCAAGAGCUCUUAA